CUGCAACACCACACAGUUAUCAACAUGGCGCCUCCCGUGUUUGAAACAUGCCAUGUAGCUUGUUGUGCAAACAGGACUCCUCAUGUGGUUUCUUGGGGCGCGGGAGGGACUGUGGCAUUUGGGACAUGUAAUUCAGUGGCUCUGUAUAAUCCCCAGGAGAGAACAGUCGUUGCUUUGCUCAAUGGACACACAGGCAGAGUCAAUGCAGUGCAGUGGAUACGCAGACCUGACUGUGGCCUAGAACAGCAUUUGGUUUCUGCAGGAUCAGACAAUCGAGUCUUUGUUUGGGAAGCACAAAAUGACAUUUUCAUUCGGUCGGCAGAGUGUACUGGUCACACUGCUCCUGUUUCUUCUGUGGAUGGGAUAUACCUGCAUGAAUCCCAGAUCCUGGUGGCCUCUGCAGCCUCAGACUCCACGGUCCGUCUGUGGCUCUGCAGUGAAGAUAAGAAUGCUGAGUGCCUCCAAACCUUAUCGUUUGACAGUGGCUUCAUGAUGGAUGUGUCUCUGGCGCUGUUGCCUGGCAGCGGAGUUCCCGUCCUGGCAUGUGGGGGUGAUGACUCUCGGGUUCAUCUGUAUGUACUCAACCAUGAAAAGGAAAUCCAAAAGGCCCUGACCUUGCAAGGACACGAAGACUGGGUUCGUGGCCUGGCAUGGACCUCUUUAGGUGGGGAGCUGUUAUUAGCCAGCUGUUCACAGGACUGUCUCAUCAGAGUGUGGAGGCUCUGUGCCAAGUCUGGGACGAACGCCCACACAGACGAUGAUCCCACCAUUAUCAAAAUGAAAGAGGACAUUUUUGAAGUGAAUAAGAAUGAUGUUUCCUUAAAGUUUGCUGUGUCUCUUGAGACCGUACUUGCCGGCCACGAGAACUGGGUUUACGGAGUCCAUUGGCAUCCUCCGUUUUACCAAGAAGGUGAGCAACAGCAGCACCUCAGUCUGCUUUCAGCUUCUAUGGAUAAGACCAUGAUUCUGUGGGCGCCUGAGGAGGGAUCUGGAGUCUGGGUGGAGCAGGUGCGAGUUGGAGAGGUUGGUGGAAACACACUGGGUUUCUUUGGUUGCCAGAUGAGUCCGGAUGGUUCAAUGAUCAUGGCUCAUGCUUUCCAUGGAGCUCUGCAUCUCUGGUGUAAAGACCAAGGGAACGAGGGUGAGUGGAGACCUGCAGUGGUCAUUUCUGGUCAUUUUAAUGCAGUCCAAGACCUGAGCUGGGACCCUGACGGGGAGUUUAUCCUCAGUGUGGGGUCUGACCAAACCACUAGGCUCUUUACACCAUGGAGGAAGCAUGAAGGCAGACAGUUGACUUGGCAUGAAAUCUCCAGGCCUCAGAUACAUGGCUACGAUAUGCAGUGCUUGGCCAUGGUUGGUAGGUUCCAGUUUGUAUCUGGAGCUGAUGAGAAGGUUUUAAGAGUUUUUCAAGCUCCUCGAAAUUUUGUGGAAAACUUUGCCAAUAUCUCUGGAAUCUCUAGAGAAAAGCUUCUCCUGGCUGGUGAUACUGCCAACCUCCCAGAGGGAGCAAGUACACCUGCCUUGGGCUUGUCUAACAAGGCUGUUUUUCAAGGUGACCUUGUUCAGAAAAGCGGCAAGGAGGAAGAUAAGUUCAGCAGAGUGUCUGAUCAAUACCAGGAGUCGUACUUCCACCCGCUCAACAUGACCGAGCCCCCGCCAGAGGACCAUCUUCUUCAAAACACUCUGUGGCCGGAGGUUCAGAAACUGUACGGCCAUGGCUUUGAGAUGUUCUGUCUGGCGGCAGACAGCGGUGGGACACUAGUGGCCUCUGCCUGUAAGGCAACUAAAAUGGAGCAUGCUUCCAUAUUACUAUGGGACACUAGUAGCUGGCGACAGGUGCAGGCUCUUUCAUACCACACCCUCACUGUCACUCAGAUGGCCUUCUCCCCUGAUUCUCAGUUCCUAUUGGCAGUUUCCCGUGACCGCACCUGGUCUUUAUGGAAGCACAAUUCUCCCACAUCUGAAAAUACAGAGCGAUUCUCACUAUUCUCACACACAGCCAAGGAAUCCGCUGUACACACCCGCAUCAUCUGGUCAUGUGACUGGAGCCCGGAUGGGACAUACUUUGCCACGUGCAGUAGAGACAAAAAGGUGAUUGUGUGGGGCAGGAUAGAGGCUAAACCAACAAGACAAUGUGACAUCAAGCCCUGCUCUUCCAUUCUUGAUGUGGGUGAUUCGGCCACAGCUGUAACCUUCUGUCCUGUCUUCUGCUCUGCAAACAGUUACCUGAUGGCAGUGGGCCUGGAGUGUGGCAGGAUCGUUUUGUACAAGUGGACACCUGGUUUAGAGCCCGGUUCUGACUGGAUCUGCUGUGGACAGACGGACACCUCACAGAGCCAUUGUUUGGCGGUUAAGCGGCUCCGCUGGCGGCCCAAAGCGGGCCGUGCGGGUCAUGGCCACAGUGGUGGGGUCACGCAGGAGGAAGAGAAAAGAGGACAGAGUGACAGUGAGAGCUCCUGGGCACAACUUGCCAGUGCCAGUGCGGACCACUCUGUCAAAAUCUUCUCCGUCAACAAACAGGCUUUUUAGCACCACCAACACUGACACCAUCAUGGCCGCCACCCACUGAGGAGCUGUGGGACAGAGCCACAGCUGCUCCCUGGCACCGCACUUCGGCUACGAGACAAUUCAGUCACAGUGCAGCACAGGACAGACCCUCCGCUGUCUUGGACUUGCUGGCUGAGUAAAACUAUAUGACCUUGGGCUGCUUUUCCUCACUCUUAUUCAGACACACUUAAGGGUAAUCUAAUCAAUAUAUUUAUAUUAGAUGCUAUUAUGUAGGGAAGCAUAUGUACAAAGUGUAUUUACUGGUUGUGAGUUAUAUUGUAUUUUUUAUGGAAUAAACCUAAAAUCCU